AUGUCCUCCAAAGCUCUCCUCACAGGUGGCGUCAGAACCAAGGAGUACAGGCUCGCCGGCCAGGAGGGGCCGCCCCUGCCACAGGCCAAUGCUGAGGCCAUCAACUUCCUCAACUCUCUCGGGCUGGAGGAGCUGCAGCUGCUGCUCUUCUCGGAGACCCUGGCCAUGGUCACGGACACGGGGGAGCCGCAGGGAGAGCUGACCAUUGAGGUGCAGAGAGGGAGGUACAAAGACCAGCAGGGGAUCCUGUCCAAGUGCAUCCUGGUGCACGCCUCCAGCCACGGCUUCCUGGACAAGAUGCUCUGUGGAAACUCCCUCCUGGGCUAUCUCUCGUGGAAACUGGAGCCCGUGGAACAGCACAGCCACGAGUUCAUCAAGUACCUCAUCCUCCCCAUGGAGCGAACGACCAACCUGCUGAAGCAGGAGGAGCAGCUGACCAUGACCAGAAGUGUCAAGGAGGGUGAGGAAGUGAAGUCGGGGGUGACCAUUUUCCCCUGGGCCUCAAUCGAGGGCUUCGUCUCCGAGGCCGCCAACCUGGUGCUGUUGCGGGCGAUGGCACGGCGGCAGAACGUGCCCAGCAAUGCCCGCUUCCUGGCCUUGGACACCGAUGGCAAACUCUGCUAUUCCACCUACCAAGCCCUCGGCUUCCAGACAAUCCAGGUGGGCCGGCAGCAGGCCCCCGUGUUCAUCGUGGAGCAGACGGUGCACUCGGAAGAGGGCAUCCCCAUGUCCUGGCAGUUCUAUCUGCUCUCCGAUGGGCACCUGGCCAAGAGAGUCCAGAUCGGCUCCGCCGGCUGCUGCAUCAUCACCAAGAUGCCCAUCUUGAGGGAGGAGGACGAAAUCGAGCCUCCGCCCGUGUUCGAAAAGAAGCCCCUGGUGUGGGAGGACGACUUGGAGCUCCACUCCAAGUUCCUGCACCGCAAGGAGGAGCUGCGGACCAGCCACAGCGCCUACCUGCGGCAGCACCCCGACGCCCGGGCGCUGCUCUCCGACUUCCUGCUCUUCCUGCUGCUGCGCCAGCCCCGCGACGUGGUCACCUUCGCUGCCGAGUUCUUCGGCCCCUUCGACCCGCGCCGCCCGCCCGGGCCCGCCCUCCGCUCCUCGCACCGGCCCAGCCCCUUCCGCUCGCUGGACCCCGAGCCCGGCGCCGGCGGCACGGGGGCGGACUAGGCGGGGGCGGCUCUUGUCUGGGGCUAACAAUAGGAACAGCAUUUCUUUCUAGACGCUUGUGUCAUCAUUAUCCCCAUUUUAUAGAUAGGAAAAUAGAGUCCCAGAAAGGUAUAGAAACACAGGACAGCUGGCCACGCCGAGCUGUCCUCACCCCCAGCUCCCCCAAAAAGAACCCAUGACGGGAUGGGGGCUGUGGGAGAGGGGACGUGGACCACCACGGGCCUUGCCCUUUGCCUCGGGUGCCUCCCAAGUCUCCAACUCUCAUGCUCCGCCUCUCCCACAAACAGGAACUCCCCCCAAACAUUGGGGGCCCCCAGGGGCUCCUGGUUGGAGCAGAUCCGUUCCGAACAGCGGCUGUUUCCACCGGGCUGGAUGCGGGCUCAGCCCCAAAGAGUAGAUGAGCUCGUGGGCAGAGGGGCGCAGGCGCCCCUCUCCCCCAUUCCUCCACGGGACCUCUGCGGGACGAGGGACCCGGGAGGAGCCGUGCGCGCGUGCGCGAGGGGACCCAGGCGCGGAUGCCCGCAAGGGUGAUGCGCUUAGGGGCCGUGGGCGCGCAGAGCCCCGAAGAAGUUUUAAAUUUUUCCUGUUGCCCCCUCCCUGUUUCAAAGAAAAACGCGUAUUAGAGAAAACUGAGAAAAGCGAGGUAAAGCAAGAGAAGGAAGCGAAAUCCUGUCGGUCUCGCUGCCUGGAGGCAGCCAGCACAGGGGCCACCUCCCUGGGCCACCCCGCCCUGUGCCCGGAAGCAGUGGGGUGGUCCAGCCGGUGCUUUGUCCAACGCCUUUCUGUGGAUCGCCUUGGUCUUUGCAGCUCCAGGAAGCCUUGGUUCUUAGCCGCCGAAAUGAAAGGCUCGCUGCUCCUCCGGGGCUGAUUGCUUUCUCCUGAUUGCUUUCUCCGUUACAUUCUGGAAAGCUUCCAGACCCUGGGUUCCCUAGAUUUUACCCCAGUUCUCUGUAUUUUGUAACUUCUUCUACGGGUAACCGGCUGUGUUUAUCUAACAAUAUGUUUUAAAAAUAUUUCCAUAUCAUUACACAGUCGUCCAUUUUUCAUGACUGUACAUUAACUUAACCAAUCUCCCCUGUUAGGAACAAUGACACAUUUACCAUCCUUGUGGCUGAAUCUUGGCAUCUAUCAACCACUAUUUCCUCAGGGAUACAUUCUGACAAGGGGGAUUGUUAAAUUGAUUUUAAGACUUUUGUGUUAUGUUACCAGAUUGCCAAAUUCAAUGUGCAUAAGAUUUUUACUAAGGGUCAGAUAAAGAAUUCCUGGCAGAAGCAAUGUUGCAAGCAAGGAAAGAAGUGGAGGCCGUGGCACAGGCUCAUGGUCUGGAGCAGCAGUGUCCAGCUGUGGUGAUGGAAAUUUGACAUCUGUGAUGUCCGGUAUGGUAGGCACCCACAUGCGUGGGCACUGAGCACUUAAGAUGUGGUAAGAGGCCGGUGUUGUGGUGUAGCGGGUAAAGCCACCGCCUGCAGUGCUGGCAUCCCAUAUGGCAGCAUUCUAGUCUGGGCUGCUCCACUUCUGAUCCAGCUCCCUGCUAAUGCGCCUGGGAAAGCAGUGGAGGAUGGCCUAUGUGCUUGAGCCCCUGCACCUGUGUGGAAGACCCAGAAGAAACUCCUGACUGCUGGCUUUGGAUCAGCCCAGCUCUGGCCAUUGUGGCCAUUUAGAGAGUGAAACAGCAGAUGGAAAAGCUUGCUCUCUCUCUCUCUCUCUCUCUCUCUCUCUCUGCCUCUCUGU